GGUUCCCCGCUGCCCGCCGCUCCUCCCCGCGGAGCAGGCGCAGAGCGCGGCGGGGAAGAUGGCGGCGGUGGCGGCGCGGCUGUGGCGGCGGGGGGUGCGCGGCCCCUGCGCGUUCGGCGCCGGGCGGUUUUUCAGCCGUGGGCCAAAUGUGCUGCAUCAAGACCGCAGUGCACCACAAGCUGCAUUCUUCUCACCUCUUCAAAAAGUGAUGUUGCCACCAAAUACCUUCCAAGGGAAAGUGGCCUUUAUAACUGGUGGAGGUACUGGGCUUGGCAAAGGGAUGACAACAGCUUUGUCCAGUUUAGGUGCCAAGUGUGUUAUAGCAAGCCGGAAGCUGGAUGUUUUGAAAGGAACAGCAGACGAAAUUUCUUCUAAAACAGGGAAUAAGGUUCAUGCCAUCCAGUGUGAUGUGAGAGAUCCUGUUUCAGUUAAGAAUGCUGUUGCUGAAACAAUCCAAGUGGCAGGACAUCCUGAUGUUGUGAUAAACAAUGCAGCUGGAAACUUUAUUUCCCCUUCUGAACGACUUUCUGCUAAUGCCUGGAAAACAAUAACUGAUAUUGUACUUAAUGGUACUGCUUUUGUAACUCUGGAAAUUGGAAAGGAGCUCAUUAAAGUACAAAAAGGAGCAGCAUUCCUGGCUAUUACAACAAUUUAUGCAGAGAGUGGUUCAGGAUUUGUGUUGCCGAGUGCCUCUGCCAAAGCUGGUGUAGAAGCAAUGAGCAAGUCUCUUGCGGCUGAAUGGGGUAGAUACGGCAUGAGAUUCAAUGUGAUUCAACCAGGUCCAAUAAAAACAAAGGGUGCUUUUAGCCGCCUUGACCCAACAGGUGCAUUUGAGAAGAAGAUAAUUGAGAGGAUUCCCUGUGGUCGUCUGGGAACUAUAGAAGAAAUUGCAAAUCUUGCUGCAUAUUUCUGCAGUGACUAUGCAAGCUGGGUUAAUGGAGCAGUUAUCAGAAUGGAUGGUGGAGAAUAUGUUUCUAUGGCAGGAGAAUUCAAUGAUUUGAAGAGGGUUACCAAAGAGCAGUGGGAUAUGAUGGAAGCAAUGAUCAGAAAAACAAAAGGCUCCUAAAGUACAUAACUUUAUGGUGGAGAUUCUUGGAAAUGAACCACUACUUUUUCAUUAAUAUUUAGAAAUAACCAAUUGAGAAAUAGCCUUCAAAAUCUUUUUUUAUGCUAAUUUCAAUAAAAUAUUUUAAAAUUGUUGUAUUUUGAAUAUAGUUUGUAUAUUUUUCCAAUGUAAAAUCUAUUCUCUUGCCAAUAGUGAACGACUAUUGUUGGUCACUAAUAUUUCGUUGGUCUUUAGAUUGUCUUCCACAGCCAUGCCAUGGUCUACAAUCAGUGUGGUCGGGGUUUUUUCAGGUGGUUUUUUUUGUUUCUUUGUUUGGUUUUUUUUUGAUCUUUCAGAGGAUUUUUUUUUCUCAGAUGUAUGAAAGUGUCUCUUAAUAUUGUAGUACCAAUAGCAUGUCAGUGGUAUCAUAACUGAAUCUAAUCAUUAAUCUGAAGAGAGAAACAAAAUACUAAGUUCUAAUCUUCACACUUCAAUAAGAAGUUCUAAACUUGCAGAUACAGUUUCACAUUAUUAGUAGGACUGCAUUCACUGAGAAAAGAUGUAACUCCUGUGGUUACUUAGGAAAUCUUGAAAUGCCUAACUGUCUUGGUCUCAUCUUUAGUGACAUUUUCAGUCUGUUAAUUAUCUUUUUCUGAACUUUAAAAAUGGCAUUUACAGACCUGCAGUGCCUUUCUAAGGAGCUUGCUCUUUUUCAUGAUGAAGUUAAUGUUCUUGAAAAUGAGAAGCUGAAAAUCAUUUGUUUUUACAUACGGGUGACUAUGGCAGCUCUCCAUAAAAAGCGGUUUAUUUUAGACUGUUAAUGGGAUAUUGGUAUAUUGGGACUGAAAGUGUUGAAACCUCAUUUGUUGAAAUGUACAAAAAAUCCUUAAGUUUCAUUUGCAUUCACAGGCUGGUACUAAAGAAACUUCUAGAUGUCAUUACCUCUGAAUCUAGUCAAUUUAUCCAUCCCAGAUAAACAGGUAAUAAAAAAAUUGCUCUUCCUCUUUUAUCCAAAUUUAGAGAGUUGGUAGAUUUUGUCACUCAUGCCUCAGACAAUGGCUGGAGUUCUUCAAAGAAAUUAUCAGCCUCUGGCCUUUACAACCUGAAAUGGAUGCUUUUUUUUUUUUUUUUGGUGUGUGUUUAACCAGAGCUUCAGCCUGUCCCCACAUAGAAGCAUGUACAUAGUUUUAUGUGCUUUGAGACUGAUACAAUGAUUUAAGAGUCAAGACAAUAGAAUCAAUUUAAGGAUUUCUUCCUUCAGGUGCUGGUGGCAGUCCUGUAUUUUUCUACACAAACCAGGGCAUACUUAACAUAUGCCAGCAUCUGACUUUGAAGUCACUUGAUUGCCUUAUUACAAAUCUGGAACAAGCUAAGAUGUAUUCUGCUGAAAGUGUGGACUGUAUUAGUGCAGGCUUCCACGUGCCUUUCUCCUGUAAGUGAUGGUCGUAUGUGGGAUUUAACAGCCUCUGAUAAUAAAACAGAUCAGCUGUGUUUAUUGGAGCAGCCUUCAAGGUGUUCUUGUGCACAAUGGAAAGCUUUCUUAUGGUAACUUGGGUUUUGUAGGUGUGUUGUCAAGAUCAAAUUCUGACAUGACAGCCAUGUCUUUUCCCCAAAAAGUGAAUUAACUGAGAAGUUAGGCCCAUAUACACUGAUUUUUGCUCAUCAUCCUUUGCAUAUAAUUAUAUUGUCUCCUUAUAUGGGAUACAGUUGCAUAUAAGACUUUGACAUUUGAAAAAAAGUGCUUCAGAGAAAAAUUCAAAUGUAUGUUUGUGAGAUGUGGUAACAUAAAUUAUUUCUCUGGAAUGUCUAGUAGGUUAUCCUCUGGUGACAGGCUGUCAAUAAAAAUAAGUUCUUAUCA